GCUCGUGAGCUUAUUAUGCAGCGACCGGAAGCUGCGUAGAUCACGCGGGAGGCGCGAGCUUUGGUCGAAGUUGUGUUUGUUUUGUUUCACGUCUCUGUAGACUUACACUAUUUUUGUGCUUUACAGCGUUUUUACAAGAAACACAUUUAACCCAGAGGCUGGAGCAGGCCAGGCAUGAGCAGAGCACACCUGGACGAGUGGCAGAGGAGGUCCUUUGACAUUUCGUCUGGCUCCUGUACACCUGAACAGACGGCCGAUGCUUACCGGGCACACAUCCUGUCCAUUCAGUAUGCAUGGGCGAGUGCUGAGCUCUCUCCGGCCGGAGCUGCCAGCCUGCUCAGGACCUACUCAGAGCGGUACGCCGCAGUCCUGGACUCAGACGACUCACGCACAGGGCUAAACAACUACGCAGAGAGUGCCCUGCACCUGGCCCGCAAUCAAAAGAACCAUAGCGACAAAUGGGAGUCGUCCCUAACGUUCGAAAAUGUGUUCAACCUGCCGGGCGUGCAACGGAUGAUGCAGGCCAGGUCAACAAAAGACACUCUCCUGGUAGAUCCGGCAGAUGUCAACAUAACUGUUGGUGGUGAAGUCAGCAGGGGAGAUGUCUCUGCUCCUCCUAGUGUAUUAAAACGAGACCCUCUGGCUUGUGGGCCUGCUGCGCCUCCACCUAGAGAUGAGUUGGGAAGGGGGGUCAGUAACCCACUCAGCGGUGCUGUAGAGUGGCCCAGAGGACUUGAAGGAGCCCCUCCUCGUAUGUCCCAGGCACAGAAUGCUCCAACAGGAUCAACGCCUAUGUUUGGCCAUAACGUUUUCCGUUCCACAGGCAACGCUAGUGCGUCUCAGUCUAGUGUGGGUUGCACAAGUGGAUCCAGUGUGCAUAAUCAGACUGUGUUCUUUUCCUCCACAAACCCCUCCAAGAGGAAGAACUUCUACGGCUCAGGAACUGAAAGCAACAGAAGCUCAUUCCCAUCACAAGGCGAGCAGGAACCGCGAGGGAGGGGACGGAGAGGAGAGGAAAGUGUCAGCACUAAUUUUAGAUCAGCACGAGAGCAGUUCAUCGUUGACCAGCAAAAAAAGCAUUCCCAUCAGGGUCAGCGGGGAUCCGCGCCCAAUGUUGCUGCAAUCACCAAGAAAUGCCUUGGUGCGAAUCGGCCUCGUGGGGCGUCCUCCAAAUUCGUCUCUCCCAUGCCAAGGCAAGAGGAAGAGGGCAGCUCGAAGGAAAAUGCACCACAAGACAUGCAACCUGUUGAUGAGCGACUAAAGAACUUCGAGCCCAAAAUCAUUGAACUGAUCAUGAGUGAGAUCAUGGACCAUGGCCCCCCGGUAGCUUGGGAGGAUAUUGCGGGCCUGGAGUUUGCCAAAGCCACAAUCAAAGAGAUCGUAGUGUGGCCCAUGUUGAGACCUGAUAUAUUUACUGGCCUUAGAGGUCCACCUAAAGGCAUUCUUCUCUUUGGUCCCCCAGGCACUGGAAAAACCCUCAUAGGGAAGUGCAUAGCGUGUCAGUCGGGAGCCACUUUUUUUAGCAUCAGUGCUUCGUCACUUACUUCAAAGUGGGUUGGGGAAGGAGAGAAGAUGGUACGGGCCCUCUUUGCCAUCGCUCGGUGCCACCAGCCUGCCGUCAUCUUCAUCGAUGAGAUAGAUUCUCUUCUUUCUCAGCGCACGGAUGGAGAGCACGACUCUUCCCGUCGGAUCAAAACCGAAUUUCUUGUCCAGCUGGAUGGAGCCACGACGUCAGCAGAAGAUCGCAUCCUGGUGGUCGGUGCCACCAACCGGCCACAGGAGAUUGACGAAGCAGCUCGGCGUCGCCUGGCCAAGCGACUCUACAUCCCUCUCCCAGAGGCUGAGGCUCGCCGGCAGAUAGUGACUAACCUCAUGUCUCAUGAGAAAAGCCAGCUGGGAGCAGAUGAGAUGGAGAAAGUGGUGCAGGGCACAGAGGGCUUUUCAGGAGCAGAUAUGACACAGCUGUGUCGCGAGGCAGCCCUAGGCCCCAUCCGAAGCAUUCGCCUGAGUGACAUUGCUACCAUUUCAGCAGAACAGGUCCGGCCGAUACUCUACAGCGACUUCCAGGAGGCUCUCAAAACUGUGCGGCCCAGCGUCUCUUCUAAAGAUCUGGAGUUAUAUGAAGAGUGGAACAAGACAUUUGGAUGCGGUCGCUAAGCAUAUGUGUUCUGUAUUAAUAGAGUUUUAUUUGCAAGAAGCGGUGGCAUUUUGCAGUUUCAUAUUAAGGUAUUCAUGCAUUCACAAUUGAUUUGACUCAAAACAGCACUCAAGAUUUUGUAAAACUGAGCUUGCCUUCCCUCAAAAUUAGCAUACCGCAGUCGUGUCUUCCUGAAAACCAUUGCAUCACAGAGUGGAGCUGCAACUCUUUUCCUUGUAAUAUAGAGGAAAUGUGCCAAGUUUGCACUAAAAAGGAACAUGGGGUCUUGAGUUUGUUGUUUCUUUCUGAAUGCACUUAUCCAAAAGGGAACUGUCAGCGAGUACAAUUUUCUGCCCGCCCUACCUUCUGUGGGUGCAGAAUGAAGUCAACGGCUCUUCAUGUUUACCUGCUCUCACUCCUGUAUAGACAGAGCGCUAGACACCUUAGGGCCAACUCUCCCAUUGUGUUGUGCCUUGGUGAAUGGAUUUGGAGGGGAAGUUGGGCAACACUGCAGGCAUUCUGGUCUCAUGAUAAGAGCUACCCACAGAUCAACUCUUGCAGUGCUCUUCCUGUUGCUAAGCCAGUGUGGUCUCGGACCACAUCUGGUAAACCAGAGGAAUGGCUUUGUGCCUUGGAAGGGGUUUGAAAGAUGGACUCCUCCUAGAGGACAGUAUUGUUGCUUUAGUUUUUUUUUCAGUUACACAUUGUGCCUGUGGAGAAGUGGCCAUCCGAUCGGUAUUCAGUCUUUUUUGUUUGUUUUCUUUCAGAACAGGAGAUUUCUAUUUUUGUGUUGUUUUCUUAAACUGGUGGGAAACCAUCAGAGUUGCUAUUUUCAUAAAUUCUGAGAGACCCCAUCGAUAGUGACACCAGCCGUAAAAAAUAUGCAUUUUAGCAGCAGAAAACAACUGUGGCUUGAUGUGUCUAGGGUUGAUAGAUGAGAGGAGCAUAGUGGAGCUCUAAAUGAGUGGCCGCAGAUGGCAUGAGGAAUAAAAGUUGCUGGUCCAGUGGUGAGGAAACUCACCCAGGCCAAAUCACAACGUAAUGAAUGAAUGAAUUUGAACAUGAAUGGUUUUGGUCAGGUUACAAAAUAUGAUGCGGUUAUGAAUUCAUUUGUUUGGAUUUCUAGUAGUUUUUUUUCAGUAGGCUUUGUAUUCCGUCACUACUUUAUUCGGAUGAGACUGGCUUUCCUGAAAUUUCUUUCUGUUUGUUGUUUGUAUGCCUAUGCAUUAGCAUAACAUCUACAUCGUCGAAGUUCAACUGAUUUGCGUUGCAGUGAAACGUAAAGUCUGUGUUACGUGAAACCUGAUGACUGCAGAAAAUUGAAAGUGAGAUGACUGAUUGAUUUGGUUGCUUCUUGCAACUGCAAAAGCACUCUUACAGGAAGCCAGGCUGAACUGUUAAUACACCUCAGAAGGCGAGUGGGAUUUAACAGUCUAAUUCAAUUCUAAACUCUGACUCUCGGGUUGUCUUCAUCUGCAUCCGAUUAUAGAUUGUGCUCACAUGAAAUGAAUCAGUCAUGUAAUUUUCAUGAAACAAUCUUAGAAAAACUGGAAGCCCAUGAAAAAAGGGUGUCAUUUAUUUUUCAUCUUUUUGUCAAGCGGCUUAAUGAAUAUUUUAGGGUUGUGCCGUUGGCCGGAGUGUUGAAACUUUGUAAAAUUAGCCAGCAGUGCAAGUAGUAAGUCCAUCCCUGAGGAGCGGUGGAAGGCUGUCAGAACAGCAGGGGUAGCCCGCAGCUGGACUAUAGGAGGACAGGCACACACAAUUCCUCAACCUUUCCCCACGCUAUAUAUCUACAGCUCAUAUUAACCUUUGCAUCCUUUAUUUUCUUGCUUUUCUUUAAGUACACUGUUAUGUUUAGACAAUUAGAUAUUUCAUAUUCGUGGAACAACAUCUCAGCAAAAAAUAAAUAAUAUCACUAAAACAUUUGGAAAAAAUUGUGGGUUUCUCUUGUUGCAUAGUUUUUAUUUUACAAAUUAUAACUUUAUUUUUUAUUUCAUGUUAUGUAUUAUAUACAAUUCUUUCUUUUUGUCUUUGCUGUUCUUAAAAAUAUAUACUUUGGUGCUGACAUACUGUUGAUUUUAUGAAAUGGCUAAAGCUUUAUACUAAAUUAUAUACGACAAAAUGUUGAUAUAAUAAUUCUAUUUCAUGAAUGUAUGUAAUAUAAAUUAUUAAAUUAAAUAUGUAAAUUAUAUAUUACAAUUUUAUAUAUACACACACACACACACCUACAUACAUGCGUACAUACAUAUAUAAUUUUAACAAUAUAUUAUUCAAAUGAUAAAUCUGGCUAGUUUGAAAUACAAGGGGCAUUGCUUUAUCUGCCUGACCAGUUUAUCUUUGAUUACAUCUCUAAAGUUUCUCUGAAUGGGUGGGGUCUAUUUGUACUGUAUUAUCACAAGUCAAAGCGGAAAAGAGAAGUGAGAUUAGGGAUAGAGGCUGAUGUGGAUGGAUGGGGGGGUGUUGGCCAGAUUAUCCCUCUCAUGCAAAUGCACCGUCUCCACGGUUAGGUCCCACUGAAGCGUGGGGGCUCUGCUUUGGCCGCAGCUGCUUCCCGUUUCUACCCAAUCACACAACAGCCAUCUGGACACGCAUGUCGCGGCGAAGAGCUGGUGAGCUCUUGGGUCGGGCUCACUCAUGCUCUCUUGACAGAUCCGCUCUUCUUGAGUUUGCUCCACCUCCCUUUUGGCCAUUGCAUACUUUUACAAAUAUCCAUUAUUGACUGACUGCAGAUAAUUUAGAAACAUUUAGAAACUAUUCCACCUAAUUCAAUCCCUUCGCUACUUCACAGUCCUGUAAGUGUUGUUUCAGCCCUACAAAUAAAAUCAGCCUAAAGACUUUUUAGCAUAAAUUUUGUUAUAGAAUGCAAUUACUCAGUUGUUAGUUGUAACAGAUGUAUUGGGUGAAUGUAUGUAAAUUUAUGCAGAAUUGCAAAUUGCCUGAAAGGUGACAAAUACCUUUUGCUAUUGUUCAUUUAGCUCAGUUGUUUAGCUAAAAAGUGAUUAUAUCUACAUGCUUAGAUUUGUGUUCUGUAUUAUAUAAAGAUUCAUAAUUAUAUGAAUAUAUAAUUAUAUUACAAUUAUAUAAUAUCAACGUCAUUCUAUAAUUUUGUCACUCAAUAUCCAUUACCAACUUUAUUUAAACGUUAAACAAAAUAGCUUUUACAAGACUUGACACAUCAAAC